UUGAACAUCUGACAUUGUGGUCAGAUAGUUGCGUUCCACAGAAUAGGAAUUCGUACAUGUCAGCGGCGCUUCAGCAUUUUUUAGACUCUGACGUUUCUGGAAAUGUGACGCAGAUCGAUCAUAAAUAUUCCGAGGCUGGUCAUGGUGAAGUCCAAGAAGUGGAUAAUGUGCAUAGCGUCACAGAGAAAUUCAUUCGGCAUAAAUUUAUCUACAGUCCUGUGUCAUUGAUCAAAGAGCAUUUCGUAAAAUCGAAAGUGGAAAGCUGAAUUUCAAACUAUUGGAAAUGACUGAUGAUGACUACUUCGACUAUCAGUCACUGGCACUUGCAUCUAAAUAUUCUGUCAUUCCAUACACAAAAGUUUCGCAGCUACGGUACAUGAAAAACCAGUCUCAAAUUUCGUACAAAUUGGGAUUUACUGACAAAUUUAUUGAAAACAACAUUUUACUGAAGCACAGCUAUGACACGUUACCGAAACUCAACCAACUGCACAUACAUUCCAAUAUUUCAUCUUUGAAAAUAGCAAAUUUACGUACAAUGUUUGGUAUGAUGCCAGAGGAUGAUAAGCAGUACUAUGAAACUGAAAUAGCAAAAUUAUUGGAAGUGCGUGCAUUGACUCGAUCAGCUACCGACGAAACAGAAAAUAUUCCAGCGUUUGAUACGGCCGAAAUUUCAAUGAAAUCUAAUUCAAUCGUCACAAGGUCACAGGAAAAUAUCGGGUCAAAUGUUGUCACUGAUGUGCGUGCACGUAAACGGCUGAACAAAAACGAUUCAGCUGCGUCGAUCUCCAAUAAUAAAAAGGCAGCUACGGCAAAAACCAUCGGCGAUGCACAAACGAGCAAAGGAAGAUUUGUUAUUGAUAGCACACGACCUCCGUUAAAGUCCAUUGUCAUAACCAAAUCUUGCAGGAAAUCAACGGAUGAAGAUAAUGGCAAGAAAAAAACCAAAAAUGUACGUCCCACGGCUGAUAUUUCGUCACAACUUAAUCCCAAUGAAAAAAUACCCUCGAAGACUCGAGCAUCUCGAACAUCCAAAACCACCAAUCAAACACGAAAAAAAUCCAAGUAACCAGCAGCUUCACAUCUGCUAGCAACAAACGCCUUCAAUUCAACAGGAGAAGUUUUUAGGUCGCGAUCAUGUCAUGACCAGUUGGAGUACAAAACUGAAUUCGUUUUUUCAUAGAAAAUUUUGAAACCCGUUUGUACAACAAUUGA